UCUUCGGCGUGACGAGCGAACGCUUUAACCACUAGACUACCCGACCGCCCCGAAUCAUUUUCAGUUUAAUAAUACAUCAAUAAAGGAACACAUCCGUGAUGUCGAUACUCACACACGCCGUACUAGUCGCCGACAACCAGGAGACGAAACUGAAAGGGUAAAGAAGACCGAGAGCAGGAAACCAUCAAAACAAUGAUACCCAUGAAUAGAGGUGUUGGUGGGAAACACUGCAAUACCGAUCAGGGGAGACGUUCAAGUGCACGAUGGCAUUGUUGUUUGUCAUGGUCAUGGUCUGUAUGGCUGAUUCCACACAAGGUGCAUGGUGUACAGAGGGUCAGCAUUGCUCAGACUGCGACACGACGGGCAACUGCUUACAAGAUUGUGACAAGGGAUACUUUGGAGUGAUAUGCAAGUCGCCAUGUAGCACCAAAUGCAGAUACAAUACAUGCACUCUAGUUGAGGAUAGAGGUAUAGGCAAAUGUACUGAUGGCUGUGUACCAGGAUUCCAGGGCACAAGCUGUGACAGACCCUGUGACCAGGUAGUCGAAUGUACGCUGUGCCCAGGGGGAUGUGAUGUGGACUACUGCCAGCUGGGUGGGGCUUGUUUUGCCGGAUGUAGAGAUUCCUUCUACGGAGCGGGAUGCAAGACGUGCCCCAGUCACUGCAGAACCUGCAACAGGAUGACAGGAGUAUGUGACGAGUGCGACCCAGCACAUUAUGGAGAGAACUGCGAGAAGUCGUGUGAGAACUGUGCAGGAUCCUGUGAGUCCAGCUGUGAAUGUGUCCCUGGCUUCUACGGGGAUUUCUGUGCCGAGACUUGCAGUAAAACAUGCCGCCCUAAGUCAGUACACAAGUGUCUUCCAUUUCCUGGCAUGACGUCAGACAAUUGUCCAGGUGACUGUCACAAACACAGUGCCGAGUGUCUCCAUGGCUGUGUGGAUGGCUGGUUCGGGUCGACGUGUUCUUCUCCUUGUAAUCCUCGAUGCCGACAUCAAAGAUGUAAUGCUACAGGCUCUUGUGCUGAAGGCUGUGAACCUCAGCUUUUCGGUCCAGCCUUUGAACCGUGUCCUGAGAACUGCGUCAACCAGACAUGUGACUCUAACAACGGCUCCUGUGUAGCUGGGUGUCGUGACGGGUUGUAUGGGAACACUGCAAUGAAACCUGUACGUUAUGUCCUCGUGGUGUCUGUGAUCAGCACACUGGUAUCUGUGUGACAGACUGCCAUGUCACCCAGGAAGGACGUGAGGUCAACUGUACACAGCCUUGCUCCCCACCAGGAUGCUCGACAGGCU